AACAAAGAAACAAAUCAACCAACGUUCAUGUUGAGAGUUGAAGUGAAAUCCAAAUUCCGUCUCACAUGAUUUUGCAUUUUUUGUUAUCUAAUUUGUACCCAUCAUUAUUCGGUUAUGGGAUUCGGUUCCCAAAUGGUCACGUUGACUUGAGAUCCCACCUCAAACCCUCCAAUCAACGCAAUCCACUUUUCGAAAAAAACCUUGCUUGCCACGGGCUUCGCGAGCACACGAGCGACUUUUUCGCAAACGUCACGACGAGAGAGAGAGAGAGAGAGAGAGAGAGAGAGAGAGAGAGAGCGCUCUAAGAUCAGGAGAGGCUGAGAGAGAGAGAGAGAGAGAGAGAGCGCUCUAAUAAUAUCAGGAGGGGCUUUCUAAUUACGUUCCAGCGCAAUCUUCUGGGUUUGUUUGUGCUGGCAAAGGAGACGAAGGGAGAAGAUUGAUCGGCAGGCAAUAGCAGUUGCAAUGUCCGUGGCGAUGGCGUCUCCUCAGCCCCUCCUCCUCCGCCAUCUUGCGAAAGUCGCCAUCACAUUAGGCAUUUUCCUGUUGUUGUCUCCUGUAUCAAUUAUGUCCGCCGCCGAUGAUGAUAUUUCGCAUCAUGGGUCCGCUCCCAAAUCUCCAUCCUGCGACAAUACUCUCAGAUUGGUCAAGGUGAAGAUUUGGGUUGAUGGUGCUGAAGGUAGUGUACUAGGUGGAUUAACUGCUAGAUUUGGUGGUAGUUUGUCCACAGAGGCGAAAGACGGCGCAAGGUUUCCUGCUGUUUUCACAAAUCCCUCAAACUGUUGUUCCAACUCUUCUUCAAAGUUAUCUGGUUUUAUUGCUUUGUCUAUACGUGGUGAUUGUGAUUUCAUGACCAAGGCCGAGUUUGCGGAAUCAGGCGGUGCAGCAGGGUUGUUGGUUAUAAAUGAUGGAGAAGAGCUUCUGGAGAUGUCUUGUCGUGAGGACCAUGUUUCUAACAUCACAAUUCCUAUUGUGAUGAUCUCAAAGUCAGGAGGGGGGGCUAUAGAGAAAUCCAUGACAAGUAGCAAGAAAGUGGAACUCCUGUUAUACUCGCCAAAUCGUCCAAUUGUGGACUUCUCAGUGGUAUUCUUAUGGCUGAUGGCUGUGGGCACGAUUGUCUGUGCUUCACUCUGGUCUGAGUUUACUGGAAGCAAGAAGAAUGAUGAGCGCUAUAAUGAAUUGUCACCAAAGGAAUCUUCCAAUGCUGGAACGGUCCAAGAUGAUGCAGAGGACGAAGUAGUUGAUAUUAGUGCAAAGAGUGCUAUAGUGUUCGUCAUAUCGGCAUCCACUUUUCUGGUGUUACUCUAUCUGUUUAUGUCUUCUUGGUUUGUCUGGUUGCUGAUUGUACUUUUCUGUAUUGGCGGUAUUGAGGGAAUGCAUUCUUGUAUAGUAGCUCUGAUUUUAAGGAAAUGGAGAAAUUCCGGGGAUAAGAAAGUUAAUUUGCCUCUUUUGGGGGAGAUUUCAGUUCUUUCUAUUGUGGUCUUGUUAUUUUGCUUAGUAUUUUCCAUUGUAUGGGCUGCCAAACGGAAGGAAUCAUAUUCAUGGGUUGGUCAAGAUAUUCUUGGUGUUUGCUUGAUGAUAACAAUCUUGCAGUUGGCUCGAUUACCUAACAUAAAGGUUGCAACGGUACUACUUUGCUGUGCAUUUAUUUACGACAUCUUUUGGGUCUUCCUAUCGCCGCUUAUUUUCCAUGACAGUGUGAUGAUUGCUGUUGCUCGAGGUGACAACAGUGGUGGAGAAUCCAUUCCAAUGCUUUUGAGAGUUCCUCGAACUUUUGAUCCUUGGGGGGGUUAUGAUAUGAUUGGCUUUGGAGACAUUCUCUUCCCUGGUCUCCUAGUUUCAUUUGCUUUUAGGUACGACAAAGCAAAUAAGAAGGGUGUACUUAAUGGAUACUUCCUUUGGUUGACAAUUGGCUAUGGAUUUGGCCUCUUUUUCACUUACCUGGGCUUGUAUCUAAUGAAUGGACACGGUCAACCUGCACUUCUGUACCUUGUUCCAUGUACAUUAGGAUUUGCGGUCAUCUUGGGUGCGGCUAGACGUGAGCUGAAACACCUGUGGAACUAUGGCGAAGAAUCUUCACAAUCAAAGGAAAAUGCUGUGGAAGCUUGACGAAUCAGAUUGACUUCAUCGCAUGUCCUCGACCCUAUAGAGGUGAAAACAAAAGCUGGUCUUCCAUUACCAUCAGCGAGGGCAGAAAAGCAAGAAUGAGUUUGGUUUCAUAUAAGUUUUAGGGCCGGCCUUCCUAUUGAGGCAAAUCCCCCAUUUUAACGAACUUUUGUAUUGUAUUUGUAUUUCGACCUAUCUUCACUGCUGCUGCUGAUUUGAAUUUUCUUUUCAGUUUAUAUUGUUUGUGGAAUCACGUUUUCAUAGUUUUAGUUUUUAUUGUAUAUAAAUACGGUUGUUAUGCACUUGUACUCUGGACAAGAAGUUCAAUGACAAAUGAUGGAAUGACCUUGAGUUA